AAACCCCUACGUUCUACAAAUUGAUCUACUGAUUCCCCAUCUCCUCCAACAAUAUUCUGGUGACAACACGUCAGAACGACGCCUAUCAAAUCGGCGACAAAGGGAUUCUGGUGAGCCAACAAAUAAUUUUCCAAGGCUUCCAAAAAAUGAUGCAUUGAAUCGACUCAACCUCGCUUCUUGAGGAUAAAGGGGUCUUAAUGGAGAUACUCCAAGUGGGGCAAGUUCAAGCCGGGGAAGAUGAAGAAUUUCCCGUGGUAUUGGUGGUCUAAAGGGUUUUUUGAACAAUUGGUAGAUUUUAAUUGAUUUAUUGAAAUCAAUGAAGGAAUUGAUGGUCAAGUUGCAGCAAUAGCUUCCAUAUCGAAGCUUCUACUUCAGAGUGGUCUGAAACUAGGGAUGCUGAAGUUUCAACUGCCACAUGCUUUUCAAACAAACAUUAAAGAAACACGGAGAUCUUUGGGCUAAAUGCAAAAAGCAGCAACGUUUUUUUCAUUUGUUUAUGUCUUGUUAUGUCAUUCUACUUUUAAUCAUCUUUUCCUUUAAUAUAUAGCAGUAACUGUCGUAUAUCACAAUCAAUUCAUUCGUGUGUAUUUGGAAGUGAAUUCGUGCAUUUAGAAUUACCCCAAUUUUAUUUGUCAUGUCAUAAAGAAUGUUAAAUGCAAGUUAUAAACUUGAUAUUAAUUGGUUGAUGGGAUGUUGCUGGAUUUUAUAAAGUGAUAGAAGUUCAAAUUUGAAUCAUCACCUCUAAACAUAUACAGUAAAGUAACUGAAUUUCUAAUGAUUUCAAUCAAUUCCAUAUCUCAGAAUUUAUUACUAAUGAAUCAGUAACGGUCAAAUUGAUACAAAUUUGGUUCAUCAUUAAUUUCAAGUUAAUUACACACAACAAUUCAAGAGUAUUUCUUCUUCAUUUUGAGCCAAUUAUAUACACAAAAACAUCGUCUCUUUGUUUAAGCCACAACAAUGUCUAAUAAUCAAGGCCAGGGAGAAUCCAGACAUAAUCAAGGCCAGGGAGAAUCAAGACAAAAUCAAGGCCAAGGAGAAUCCAGACAUAAUCAAAAUGCACCUAUGCAAGAGUUGCAACCACACCCAGUAAUGGAGCAACUUUCUGGUGUUCAAUAUUGUGUUAAUAGUCCACCUCCAUGGAAGGAAGCAGUGUUAUUGGGGUUCCAACAUUACGUUUUGUCUUUGGGUACGACUGUGUUGAUAUCAACCAUGACAGUUUCUCAAAUGGGUGGUGACAAUGCUGAGAAAGCCAGGGUGAUUCAAACGCUGCUUUUUCUUUCAGGAUUCAACACAUUAACGCAAACCAUGUUUGGAACUCGAUUGCCAUCUGUUGUUGGUGGAUCACAUGCGUUUUUAGUCCCUGUAAUCUCCAUAAUUCAUGCUAAAAGAUAUCGUAUGUAUCAAGAACCUCAUCAGAGAUUUGCACAGACGAUGAGAGGAAUACAAGGUGCUCUUGUCAUCGCCUCAGCUUUCCAGAUGAUUCUUGGAUUCCUUGGUUUGUGGAGAAACGUUGUAAAGUAUCUUAGCCCUCUUUCGGUUGUUCCUCUUGUUACUUUCACUGGACUUGGCCUAUACCACCUUGCUUUUCCCAUGUUGGGAAAAUGCAUAGAAAUCGGGCUUGGGGAGUUGGUGUUGAUAGUCCUCAUCUCACAGUAUCUUCCUCCAUAUAUGACCUCCAAGAAGCCAAUAUGUGAUCGUUUUGUAGUGUUGUUUUCUGUGUCGAUUGCAUGGACAUGUGCUGGAAUUUUGACAUGGAGUGGUGCAUACAACAAAUCUACAGACACUUUAAACACUUGUCGAACGGAUCAUUCUGGACUCAUACAUGGAGCUCCUUGGAUCUAUGUUCCUUAUCCAUUUCAAUGGGGUACUCCUACUUUUGAUGUUGGUGAAGUUAUCACCAUGAUAGUUGCUUCUUUCGUCUCUUCCAUUGAGUCAACAGGCUCGUUUAGUGCAUCAGCAAGAUAUGGAAGCGCCACUCCUGUGCCACCUUCUGUUUUGAGCCGUGGUAUUGGCUGGCUGGGAGUAGGGACUUUCAUCGGUGGCAUGUGUGGAAAUGUUACUGGAUUUGCUGCAUCCAUUGAAAAUUCUGGUGCAUUGGCUUUAACUAGAGUUGGGAGUCGACGUGUGAUUCAAAUAUCAGCUGCUUUCAUGAUCUUCUUCUCAGUCUUUGGAAAGUUUGGAGCUUUUUUUGCUUCAAUACCUUUACCAAUCUUUGCAGCUUUAUACUGCAUCUUGUUUGGUUGUGUAUCUUCUGUAGGUCUAGGCCACUUGCAGUUCUGUAAUCUCAACAGUUUCAGGACCAAAAUCAUAUUAGGCCUUUCUUUCUCCCUUGGACUUUCACUUCCACAGUUCUUUCGAGAACAUUGGGUCUCCAAUCAUGGCCCCAUGCACACUCAUGCAAGAUGGUUUGAUAACAUGGUAUCGGUGGUGUUGAUGUCACAUGCAAGUGUUGCAGUGAUGAUUGCAAUGAUAUUGGACUGCACGAUUACUCAUGGGAAAAACGAGAAUGGGAAAGAUUGGUGGGAGAAGUUUACAGUGUAUGGAAAAGAUGUUCGAAGUGAUGAGUUUUAUAAGCUUCCAUGGAAACUUAACAAGUUAUUCCCAGCCUUAUAAUUCAUAUGUUUCUAAUGUUUGAUGAAUUUUUGUAAUAUGACCUU